UCUCUGAAAGUCUCUUUGAGUCUUGUGCAGUGUGCGAGUGUGAAGUUUGUGAGGGAUUUCUUCGAUCCAGGAAUUUCGCCAGCAGCGAUCAAUCUAGUGGGUGGAAAUGGCAACAGUGACGACCCGCAGGCACAGGGUCCCGACUUGUGUGGAGUGCGGCACUCGGCAGAAUCCUUGCCAUGUCAAGGUAGUCGGGCCGACGCUAGGAUUUGUUGCGUUUGCGAUCGCGGCUGUGGUGGAGUGGCCCGUGGGAGCGAUCAUCUAUCCGUUUCGCCACUUCAAGGGGCGCAGGAUCAUGGGGCAUCCGGUGAGAGUGGUGUACCCGCGGGUUGCGAGUGCCAUUCCGUUCUAGAGCUAGAAUGUUCCAGAAAAAUGGAUUGUUUAUAUAAAAUGUAUGAUUAAUUGUUUUAUUUAGAUGGCGCAGUCUUAAUCCAA